GCAGCAGCAGCAAUUAUGAAGUUGACAUUGGUUACCUACUUUGUUGGGGCUCUGCUGGCCAUCGUCCUGAGUUGGGCUGGCCAUUGCUCGGCAGCCUCGUCAAUGGGCAGUUUGCAGAAAAUGGUGGCCCAGCGGGGACGUUUGGUGAGUGACAUGAACUUCAUCAGCGACGGGCUGGAACGUUCGCGACUGGCCAAAAAUCAAAGAGAAACUGAACUCUUUCUCGACCAGCUCGACAGGGUCGUCUGGCCAAAAAUAAUUCAUUUAAGUUCGACCAUUUACGACAAUCUCAUCGGCGACGAUGAGCUCGAUAAGGAAUUCAAAUACCAGGAGGAAUUGCGCAAAGAUGUGGCCGCCAUUCGCUUCCGAGCCAAAGCUAGACGUUGUAAAGCACCCGACGAUACGUUCUAUCCACCCUGGAAACGUUGCGUCACUUAUCAAGGACGUCAUCGGUCAAGCGCCAGCAAUCCCUGUCCGAUCCAUCAGCAACUGUACGACGGGCCGGACAAUCUCGGAAUUUGCGAUUGCCAAAUGAAUAAUAACAACGGCAGCGCAUUUCUCUAUUCGGACAGGACCAAACAAUGCCACCAACUCUACACGCAGGGUCCGUGCAAAAUAGGUCACUGGUGGAUCGUCAACGACCGCAUUCCGGCGUGUCAAAUCGUGCCGAAAGGUUGCCCGGCAGACGGCCGGCACGUCUACGGGAGUGCGAACAACAAGAGAGAAGCUGCUGCUCGCAAACGAUUAUUCAAAUCAGCCGCCACUAAUUCCAGCAACAAAUGUUGGAGAUUGAAGAGUCGAGGGCCGUGCCGGGACGGCCAACUUUUGGAACUGGACAGCUCCGACAAUUCCAUCCACUGCCGAUCGUCGGCUGUUGCUCCUUCGACUUUGGCCAGCGUCGCUGUGGCGCCUAGGCGUGUCCGCCCAGCUCCUCCACUGAGCCGGCCCAUGACCUGGUGUCCACUGGGCAGCUACCGAGAUCGCCGUUCCAAAUGCGCUGGAUACUUUUAAAAGAAUGAUUUCAAUUUUCCCGCGUGUCCUUGACGGUCUGUUGAACAUACCUCCCCCAACUAAAAAAAUAUUCAAAUUGGGAGCGAUUUCAUGCAAUGAUAAUAAUAUAAUUACUUCACCUAUCAAACAAUGGCAACAACAACAAAAAAACAAAUAGACAUUCGACCGUUUCUAUAGUAUAACCCAAAUUUUGCUGAAUGAUUAACGACUUAAAACAACCACAAAAAAAUUGCCUUUUAAAAAUUGGAACUUGUGCUGGCGUGAUGACUGUGUGAAGUAUACAGAUAGGAGCAGAGUGUUGCGUAAGUAGUAUAAUACCGUACCAGCAGCAGCACCUUUUAUUAUUUGAACGCGGAUUAAGGAGAAAACGGGAGCCGCUGGUGGUGGCCAUUUCUGCAACACAAGUCUGGUCGGGCGAGGUCGGUCGCAACUUGAUUUCACUCCGUGCCAGCAUGCACCCGCUGCCGUCUACCUAUAUAUAUAAUGUGUCGUGUCCGUUUUCACUUUAUUAUAAGAUGUUGGGGAAUAAAACAAAAAAAUACCCUGGAUUA